AUCGAUGAAUGAAUCCUGUUGCGCAGACCGGUAGCUUUCAUUGUAAAAGAGUCGAUAGCUACCGUAUAGUCAGUCGGGCUCGUGGGGUGAACGUCGGUGCGCGAAUUUCGCUCACUAGGUUUUCUGUAAUUUUCCUGGGAAAUUGGAAUCGAACAAACCGUAAAAUACAGUUGUACUCGUAUACGAUGACCAGUGUUCCAAUUCACGAAGAUUCUGUGGAGAAUAUGCAGAAGAAAAGAUGUUUUCGAAACGAAAGCGACGGUCGGUAAAACUGAAGGGAGCAGGCGUGGACUGUGGAUUCGAGUCGGGCGUGGGGAUGAACUCUACGGGGAAUGCGAGAGGGAGGAGGACUGGGGCGCUUCCUGUGGUUGGCACUAGCCUAAAAAAGCUCCAUAAACAGAAUCGCGGCCGAAUGUCUUUUCAAUGCAACGAAAAUGGUGAAGUGUGGGAAAAGGUGGGCAUUGAAUAAAGGCUUCGACAGCUCGAACCAUGACAGAGGCAUCGGAGGAUGGUAACUAUCUGGUGAGGGUUCGUGCCCAGGUAAUGACAAGGGAUGAUAGUUCCGGUGGUUGGGUUCCUUUAAGUGGCGGUGGUUUAGCAAAUGUUUCGGUUAGAAGAAGAGCUACUUCUUCAGGUGGGCAUCAGUCUAAUAAUACCAAUGGAUCUGGUAUUUCUACUUCGACUGUCAUACCGUCUACUACCAACUCUACGCAAUCUAUAUCAACUGCAGCUGUCACUACAACCCAAAGUCAUGGAUCUUCAAACAAUUCCCCCCUUGGUGCAACGAAGAAGAGGCACGAGUAUCUUAUUUAUGGGAAACGAAUCACCGAUCAAUCGGUUGUUCUUAGUUGUACAAUUAAGAAAGACUUUGAGUAUAAUAAGGUAAUGCCAACCUUUCAUCACUGGAGGACAGGAGAGAAAAGGUUUGGCUUGACGUUUCAAACAGCUGCUGAUGCAAGAGCUUUCGAUAAAGGUGUUCGAACAGCUGUUGAAGAAUUAUUAGAAGGGUUGGCCAAUUCAACGUUGUAUGGUAAUUCAUUAGACGCUGGUGAUGAGGAUGUUUUUAUGACUUUGAACUUGCCUGCGGAACCACCGGAGCCACGUCCGUCGUUAGAAACAUCUCGUAGCAUAGUUCGAGUGACCAAUUGUCAUUCCCAGUGUUCAGAUUUUCCCGAUUCACAAAAACCUAUCCAUUAUAUCGGUGGAUCAUCUAUAAAAGUGCCACCAUCUCAACAUCCUUUGGCAUCAACUGCAGAUGCUGGAUCAGAUAAUUACCCUUAUGUGCAGCUCACAACGCUUAACCACGAGUAUUUAUAUCCUAUUAUUGAUGAUCAUAAAGGAGAUCGGUUAGAUAGAUCUAAUACUGGCGGUUCUUUGAAGAAGCCAGAUAUUAUAGUAUCUCAACCUACGAAAAAUACUAUGAAACGUAAUAUUCGAUUACGAUGUAAACAUUGCCAAGAGUUGUAUACUGAACAGCACAAUCCAAGAGGAUCUUGUGAAUAUGCUCCUGACCCAGUUAAACGUGGAAUCGCAAAAAUUUCAUGUCUGUCGUGUGCUCAGGGCAUGUUAUACCAUUGUAUGAGUGAUGCCGAAGGUGAUUUCUCCCAAAAUCCUUGCAGUUGUAGCACAGAAGAAGGAUGUGGACGCAGGUGGUUUGGUUUGGCAUUAUUGUCACUGAUCGUUCCUUGCUUGUGGAUUUAUCCUCCACUCAGAGCUGUUCAUUGGUGUGGCACGUCCUGUGGAAUGUGCGGGGGACGACACCAUCCGAUGGAAUAACUGGAGGAACCCUUUGAUAUCUCUCCUGUAUACUCAGUCGAAUCAGCCAACUUUUCUUCAUCACGUGGUGCUGUAGCCAAUGUGUACGAAUGUCACGAUUUGAGUAUGGGCCGUUGUCAGAGGUAUCAAAGGGGCAGACAGCUUCCAGUACAUGCACUUAUCCAUCAGCGUCGUGUCUGAACUAUAUUUUGUUUCAAAAAAUAAAAGAAAAAGAAAAAAAGAUACGAGCACAAAUUAUCGCAUUUAGCCGUAAUACCAUGUAUAUUCCAUACAUUUUGUAUAUUUUAUUAGCAAAAUGCAUUAUUUAAUCACAUCUCUGUACAUUAAACAGUUUGAGAAUGGACGUUGUUUAACAUAUACUCUGAAUGAUUGGUCCAUAAGAAUAGUAUUUGGACUGACCAACUAUUUGUGAUACAUGGUGCACAUUGUGAGAAUUCAGUCGAGUUGCGAGAUAUACAAAAUUUUUUAUUCCCAGUUUGAAAGCUAGAGUUUACCUUGCGUGAAACCCUUUACGAUAAAAAUAGUAAAGGAAUCACUUACUACACAAUCACAGACUUCUUAGUUUUGUUGUAAUUAAAUUCGAGGCGUUAUUUAUUUAUUUUUCUUGUGCAUUUUUUCUCAGAAAUUUGAAGUGAUUAAAUUUUAUCACUAUAAUAUAUGUUACAUGAAUUCUUUUUUGUUUUUUUAAAUGUAACAUUUUAUGACAUCGUAUUUAAAUUUAGUGUCAACAAUAUUUGUACUAUACUUAUUUUCAUAAAAUCCUUUUAGUAGGAAUUACAUGAAUUAAAUUUGCUUGAAUUACGAAUUAGGAAAAAAAUGUAUAUUUAUUUUUUAAGCUUUAAAUUUUUAACAGGAGAGAGUAAAGAUUUUUUACCUAUUUCAUUAAUUAGCACAAACUGGUUGUCAAGAGUUAGUUGCACUUUCACAAAUAAGUAUCAAAAUUAACGUUAACAGUUGUAUGUUAUUAAAAAUGGUCAUAGGCAGUCAUUUAGGAAUGACAGUGAAUGUCUAUAGCGAACAACUUUUUUAUUAUCAAAUGCAACAUUGUUUUAAGGUCCCUUAUAUUGUGCUCUUUGUAAUUUUAAAAUAUCAUUAAUAUUUAUAUAGUCAUUUAUCUGUUAAAUGAAAUUUCUUAUGCUACUACGUUGGCAUAAUGUUAAAUGCUAAAUAAUAUCAGUAUUUACAAACAGGUACUUCUAGUACUAUCAAUCUUAUUGUUACUUCAUGCACAAUGAAGAUAAGUUCAUGAUACAUCAUAUACAUAUAAUAUUAGUUUGAGGCUUAUUACUCAUUGGAACACAUUUUUAGUUUGAAGCUGAAUGAUAAAAUGAGUUAUAAUAAUACUGUAAACUUGUACCUAUAUUGAAGUUAAAUCUUAUACAAACUUAAUUUUUUUGCUUUUCGUGGAAUGUAGUGGAUUGUUUGAAAAUUUAAAUCUCUAUUUUAUAGUGUAUUAUAGUCCUGUAAUAUACGUAUUGGCAUUGUUAAAAUUUCUAAUUUACAUCUACUUAUACUCCCAAUUAUUUUUCUAAUUUUACUAUUAAUUAGUAGGUAGUUCAUUUCAUUCUAUGUAUUCUAUAAUUAUUGAACGAUAUGUACACCAUUUGAAUGUUUAGAAAGUUAAGAUGCUUUUGAAAGGGAUGCAGAUGGUUUUUAGCAAUAAUUCUGCUUAUUAUUAAUCUUAUUGUACAUUCUUUAUUACCAGCUUUACAAAUCGUAAUACAUGGUUUUAGAGUUUUAUGUGCUCGAAGGAUCUGAUUUUUAUAUUUACAUUUUUAUUGACACAAUGUUAAAUCUGACUUUAUUGAAAUGCAAGCGAUUAAAUGUACCAUUACGAGCAUAGUUAUUUUUUUGCUCAGUGUACGUGACCAUAAAUAUUAAUGCAGGGAAUCUUAUUACAAUUUUCAAUCAAAGCUUUUAAAAUAUCAUGAUAGGUGAUUCAUUAAUCAUGUUAUAAAUGUUGUAGAAAGUUUUUACAUUAUUUUUAAGGAAUAGAUGAUCAAGUCAGAUGCAGCUUUGGGAUAGUACACUAAUUAAUUAUUGUAUGGCUUGAUUUACUAAACCACCAAUCUUCGUAUCUUGCAAAAUUUUAGUUAUUAAAGAAAGAAAAGAAAGAUAUUUUAGAAACCUACAUAUAUGCAGUGGAAAACAAAAUCAAUAAUUAUUGUUCGAUAAGUUUUGUUAUGUUUCAUGUUUCUAGUCCAAUAAUAGUAAUGUAUUUUUAGUUCAUUUUAAAUUGAAACAAUUUCUUUUUUGUCUCAACACUUUUUACUCAAAAUUUUAUGAGACGUACAUAUAGAUUUUAUAAAUCUAUGCAAGAGAUGAAAGUUUUUUUGAAAAACACUAGAAUAUUUCACAUUUACUGUAUUAUGUAUUUAAUUUUAAUUAGUUUUUCUUUGCUCCUAUUUUCUAUUCUCUCAAUUUCUAAAUGCUUCCUAAAGUUCUGUGACAUAAUUAAAUAUUUCAAACUAGUGUGCACAAAUUUAUGUUUGUAUUUGUAAAUUGGUUAUUCAAAAAAUUCAUGUAAUAAGAUCUAUAAUACUUAUCUCCCUAAGCUCAAUAGCUUUUAUUAAAGUGUAUGUUCAAAUGUUUGCUCUAAAACAAUGUUACUGGAAUUUCGUCUUUAAGAGUUUAAAAGUAGAUACAGUUACAUUUGUUGAAAUGCAAUAGCUGUUUUCAUCAUUCUUAAAAUAUCUAAUUAUUAAUAUCAUAUACGCGUUUUACAGUAUAUUAUAUCAUUGUCAUCAUUAAUGUAGUAAUGUAAUAGUAAUAUUUUUCCCAGUUGUGUUUACCUUCCCAUAGGAUAAAUGUUCUUAGCUUCAACAAAUCUAAUAAAAUUGAUUACUUUGUAAUAAGUAUUUUCAAGAAUAACUUCAAUUAUAUUUCGAUUAUAAUAUAUGUACCAUGCAUUCUUAACAUUAGCAAUUUAUUAGCAAAAUACAUUUGCAAUUUUACUUAGUGAGCUUAGGGGGAGAUUACAUAAAAAUAAUAUAAUUUGGCUUCCUAGGUAUAUAUGUAACAUGUAAUUUAAUAUGAAUAUAUUGUGAAUCUGAUGCCGGUGAGGCAGUAUUUUUGCAAAAGAAUUCUAUAAAAAAAAUUAUGUAACUAUAAAUACA